CUGACUGGUGGCACUGACUGGCAGCACUGCUGGGCUGCACUGGUGGGUGGCACUGGUGGGCAGCACUGGUGGGUGGGCACAGGUGGGUGGCACUGGUGGGCACAGGUGGGUGGCACUGGUGGGCACAGGUGGGUGGGCACAGGUGGGUGGCACUGCUGGGCACCGAUCAUCAGGGCACUGAUCAUCAGUGCCCUGAUGAUCGGUGCCGAUCCCCGCUCUGACAACUGCUGGUUCUCGGCAGUACUUUCCUCACGAUCUGACAGCGUGAGGAAAGUGCAGCCGAGAACCGGCACUUGC